AACCCACCAACUGGUCACACUACCUCUUUCUCUCUACCACAGAUUCCGAUGAGAGCUCUGAUCAACGACCCAAAAUGACGAUGUCAACUUCCUUCCUUUCGAUUUCUUCUCCUUCUUUCUUGGUCUUCUCCAUAACGUUGGUCUCUGUAUCUCGAGUGUUUGCUCGAUACCUUCGGUCACCAGAGAUGGUGACUGGAAAUCUUUAAGUUUUCUCUUUCAAAUCUACCUAUCAAAUCCUCUAUUUCUCAGUUCUUUCUUUUUCCCCAAAUCCCCUUCUCCAGCUCUUCAUUACUAUAGAGAUUUAAGGCCAAGGUAAAAGGUAUUUUAGGUUAAGGAUCACAUGACUUUUGUUGAUAUCUCGAUUACAGGUUCAAAUUUUGUCUUAAUAUUCCUAAUCUCAAGAAGGAGACAAUCGAUUUUUUGAAAAAAAUAAGAGAACUACUCACCACUACUAUUGUUCACACCAACUCUUUGACAUCGCUAGAAAAUACACACAUACGCAUCUGUCUACACCAACUCUUUGACAUCACCAGAUGCCUUAUACAACCAUACUUUUUGAGAAAACGAAGAUGUAGAUGAUGGUCUGACCAACGACUACAAACAAAGAUAACCCCAGAUGCAAAAAAGGAUUACAAGCAAAAUAAAAAGCGAACCUUUUGGGGGUCAGGUUCUAUUAGUAAUUGAAAACCAGACAUUUUUGGUGGAAAGUCAAAUGCGUCCAUGGCAAUUGCUUUAGCUGUUGUAGCCUGUACAUCACUUGGGGACGAUGAAAUAGGUUGGUAUGUUUCGUGCCAUAUUUGUGAUUUCUUCCUUGGCUCAUGAAUUUUAGACACCGAAUUGAUGGUUCUUGUUUUAGGUUGUUUUGGUUUCUGAUUAGGUGAAAAAGGUGUUGAAGUGAAGCAGUUUGAGUUGACAUCGUAAGAGACGGUAAUCGUGUUGGCUUCGCCGAUGAGAUCUCAGGUGCGGAUGAAAUCUAUAGCUACUCUUGAUGCCAUGAACUUCAUCGGUAGAAGUUAAGUGCUAAGAAUGUGGAAUAAUUGAAUUUCGUUCCCGGCUAUCUCCUCCACUUCAGAUUGUUUCUUGUGCUUGAGUUUGUAACAUUCUCGUCGUUUCUCUGAAUCAAAUCCGUUAUUUAAAGUACUCCGACUUCAGAGGUAAUUACGCUUUUUUUCUUGAUUCUUUCUUAUUUGAUAUUCUGGGUGUAGCUCUUCGUGGACACCAACUGUUCGAUGUAAUGCCUGCCUUGAUGGUUGAUACAGUGUACUUCUAAUGAAGUCUUUUCACCAUAAUGGGUAAGCUAUGUAGGUUUCUACACUCGUAAAGUACCUAAAGCACUACAAUUAUAUCCCCGAUACAUAAUAAAUUAAGUUGUUAUCGUGUCAAAUCCAAAACUGUAAAUGCUGAAAGAAGAUUCAGUUCCCCACUUCAACAAACUUGAUCCCAAAUUUUAGUUUUGUAAGUUCUAGAGAAGUGGGAAAGAGACAGAGGAGCGUUUUGGGGUUUUAGAGCAUAACAAUAGGAAAAAAUAGAAGGUUUAUUUUUUAAAUGAUUCAUACGAUUGGAUUUAACACAAGAAUGAUUUCAAAUUGAAUAUUCUUAAUCGAGUCACAUUGUCACAAAUACCACCUUGUUACUCCCAUUUGAAGAAAAGAGUUGUUCAUUUUUGCUUCAAUAUGCUAAAUCAACAUGUUUUGCAAAAUCAUGUUAUCUAAUAUAAACUAAAUUGUAGCUAAUUCGUGAUUGCAAUAUACAUGUCUUUGAAACCAGGGUAUAUGAAUAUCAGAUGGCCACGUGUACUUACACCAACAUACCUAUCUCAGAUCAUCCAGAACCAGAAAAACCCAUUGAAAGCCCUCCAAAUCUUUAACCAAGCAAAAAACAAAUACCCAAAUUAUCAUCACAAUGGCCCUGUAUAUGCCACCAUGAUCAACAAGCUCAUCAUCACAGAUCGAAUACUUGAUAUGAAACAAGUGAUUAACCAAAUGAAACACGAUUCAUGUGAGUGUCAAGAUUCAGUCUUUUCAGAUGCAAUCAAAGCCUAUGCGAAAUCCAGAAUGAUAAAUGAAGCCAUCUCUCUCUUUAAAAAUCUCCAUCACUUCAACUGUGUAAACUGGACACAAUCUUUCAACACCAUAUUGCAGAUAAUGGUGAAAGAAUCCAAAUUCGAAUCUGCUCAUCAUCUUUUCUUGGAGAAUUUCAGCAAAUGGGAAGUGAAAUCAAGAACCCGUUCACUAACAUGGUUAAUUGAUGUUCUCUGUGAAAACAAACGUUCCGAUCUUGCCCUUCAAGUCUUCCAAGAAAUGAAUCAUCAGUACUGUUAUCCAACCAGGGACACCUAUCAAAUCCUAAUGACAGGAUUAUGUGAAGAUGGAAGAAUUAACGAAGCAAUCCACUUGUUGUACUCAAUGUUCUGGAGAAUUUCCAAAAAGGGUAGUGGUGAAGAUGUUUUAGUGUAUAAAAUCCUGUUAGAUACUUUAUGUUCAUAUGGGCAUGUUGAGGAGGCUGCAGAUAUUUUAAAUAAGGUCCUUAGGAAAGGUCUUAAAGCCCCUAAAAAGAAACGUAUGCCACUUGAUUUCAAUCAGUGUAGGAAUGGUAGAGACAUAGAAAAAGCAAAGAGUCUAAUGAGUGAUGCCCUUAUUAAGGGGGUGAUUCCAAGUUCUGAGAGCUAUAACACAAUGACUGUUGACCUUUAUUCAAAGGGUGAUCUAAAUCUUGCAGAAAAAGUAGUUCAAGAAAUGGAGGACAAUGGAUUUACACCAGGGGUAUUGGUUUAUGAAGCUAAAGUGAUGGCUUUAUGUAGGGCAAAUAAGGUUGAUGAGGCUGAAAAGGUGAUUGCAAAGUGUGUUCCAAGUGUUAAUUUAUACAACAGUUUGAUUAAAGGUCUUUGUAAUGAAAAAAAAUCUGUAGAGGCUCUUGGGUAUUUCAAGAAGAUGUGUAGGCAAUUAGGGUGUGUUCCAAAUAAGGAGACUUAUUGCAUAUUGGUAGAUGGGUUAUGUCAUGAUGGGAGUUAUAUUGAAGCAAGUGAGGUUUUGGAGAAAAUGUUGGUGAAGUCUUAUUGGCCAAAUAGUGAUACUUUUAGUAUGCUUAUAAAGGGUCUUUGCUUGAUAGGAAGAUCAUAUGAAGCAAUUAUAUGGCUGGAAGAGAUGAUUACCCAAGAAAAGAUCCCUGAUGUUUCCACAUGGAGUUCUCUGGUUGCUUCUGUUAUAUAUGAUACAGUGGUUUUUUCUGAAAUAUUGGAGUCUUGAGAAAUUUAUGUAUAGUUAAAAAAAAUUGUUGUUUUUAAAUGAGAUUGACUAUUUCAUGUAACCGAUAUUAUGCUUAGGGAAAGUUGAAUCGAGACACUAAGAAAUUGAGGGCCUUUUGGCCAUACUAUUUAAAGAAGAGAAAAUGACAUUUUUUUAA